UUUUAAAGAAACUGUACUUGAGUAAAAGUUCGGGUACUGUGACAAAGUAUAACUCAAUUAGAUGUAGAAGUACGGCGCGAAAAUGCUACUUGAGUGAAAGUCAGAAAGAAUCUACAUUUAAACAUAGUCAAGUAUUCAAGAGUAAAAGUAAAUAUUUUUAACUGAAUCUAUCUAUCUAUCUAUCUAUCUAUCUAUCUAUCUAUCUAUCUAUUAUCUAUACAGUAUAUCUACCCUUCACUCCUCAACAUUCAUCAAUUCUGGAAACAUAUUCAUAAACUUAGGGAAAGUUUUCAUUUCAGAGGUGAAAAAUCUUUCCAUUUUGAGUGAAGCUGAUAAUAAUGCCAAUGUGGUAAUUUGUGGAAAUCAUUUGACCCUGUGUCUAAGUAUUUCUGGUUUAUUUUGUAAAAGAUAAAAUUAUUAUUUUUUUAAAGACAGCCCAUUAGCACAGUUAUGCACAGUUUUAUUUGACCUUGAUGUGAAUUUGAUUGGAUGUCUUAAAAAAAACAACAACAACAACACACAACUAAUUGGCAUAACAGCUGGGCAAGCGACAAAAGUAGUGUUUUUACUUUUGUAAAUUUACUUCAGUAAGAGUCCAAUAAUUCAAUUUCAAUACAACUUAAGUACAGUACAAAUCUUCCAGAGUAGUGCUUAAGUACAGUUAAGAAAUACAGAUAGAAUAUACCCCCACUAAAGGUGACUUGAAGUCCGACAACUGGCCACUAAAAAUAGCUUUACCAAUUUCAAUAAAGCGUUUUAGACUGAUCACCACUACUGUCCCAGCUUCACUAAAUCAAUACGGAGUUUGGACUGAGGACACACACCUCUCUAGUAUAUGAUGAGGCUCUUUGCUAAGUGCUCCAUUGCCUGCCCUGAUGCAGACUAUUAUAGCUGACUGUGGUAAAAUCUCAUUGAAGAAAACAUUGCUACAGCUGAGCCUCACAUAAAAUCCCUUUACAGAGUAAACCUCUUAAAGGGGCAUUCCUGGAAAGAAAUGUGGCACCAUUAUUGUGAAGGCUGAGGAACUGAACAACUGCAGAGAAUCUGUAAUGAUGCAAUUUUGUGGCAACAAGCUGGACAAGAAGGAUUUCUUUGGCAAGUCUGACCCUUUCCUUGUGUUUUACCGCAGCAACGAGGAUGGAACAUUCACCAUUUGCCAUAAGACAGAGGUGGUGAAGAACACCCUGAACCCUGUAUGGCAGGCCUUCAAGAUCCCCGUCAGAGCCUUGUGCAAUGGAGACUAUGACAGAACAAUCAAGAUUGAAGUGUAUGACUGGGACAGAGAUGGAAGCCACGAUUUCAUUGGCGAGUUUAGCACAAGCUACAGAGAGUUGUCCAGAGGGCAGUCCCAGUUUAACGUAUAUGAGGUCAUUAAUCCAAAGAAAAAAGGCAAGAAGAAAAAAUACCUCAAUUCUGGAACGGUAACACUUCUGUCAUUCCUCGUGGAUAUUGAAGUCACCUUCCUAGACUACAUUAAGGGCGGGACUCAGAUUAAUUUCACCGUGGCAAUUGAUUUCACCGCCUCAAACGGCAACCCUGCACAGCCAACUUCCCUGCACUACAUGAGUCCAUACCAGCUGAAUGCAUACGGCAUGGCUCUCAAAGCAGUGGGAGAGAUCAUUCAGGACUACGACAGUGACAAGAUGUUCCCAGCAUUGGGCUUCGGUGCCAAGCUGCCCCCCGAUGGGCGUGUAUCCCACGAAUUCGCACUGAAUGGGAACCCACAGAACCCAUACUGUAAUGGAAUAGAUGGUGUAAUGGAGGCGUACUACCAGAGCCUGAAGUCUGUGCAGCUUUAUGGACCCACCAAUUUCUCACCCGUCAUCAACCAUGUAGCAAGGUACGCUGCCUCUGUGAAGGAUGGUUCGCAGUAUUUCGUCCUCCUCAUCAUCACAGAUGGAGUGAUCUCUGACAUGGCCCAGACCAAAGAGUCCAUUGUCAAUGCUUCAUGUCUUCCCAUGUCAAUUAUCAUCGUUGGUGUUGGACCAGCAGAGUUUGAUGCGAUGAUUGAGUUGGAUGGGGAUGAAGUCAGGAUCUCAUCCAGGGGUAGAUAUGCAGAAAGGGACAUUGUGCAGUUUGUCCCGUUUCGGGAUUACAUUGACCGAACAGGGAACCACAUCCUCAGCAUGGCGCGGCUGGCAAAGGAUGUGUUGGCUGAGAUUCCGGACCAGUUCCUGUCCUACAUGAGGACCAGAGGCAUCAAACCAUUACCCGCUCCGCCUCCAUACACACCGCCAGGACAGCCCCUACAGACCCAGAUCUGACCCGCUCUCAUUCGUGUCUCUCUAUUUCUCUCUUAAUCUCCCAAUGAUGUGGAGGGGCACUUCUCCCCCUUCUCGAUCUGUCUCUCUCUUACGUUGCACUAUAGGCACUGGAAGGAUGAAGACACAGCGGCCAAACAGGGCCAGUGAGGCCUGAUUUACUUCCAUUACAAGCGUUCUUCUGUCAGGGUCUCUCUCUCUCUCUCUCUCUCUCUCUCUCUCUCUCUCUCUCUCGCUCUCUGUCAGAGCCUGGCUUAUCUCUUGUAGCCUCACUAAAAUGGACUGAGCUUGACCUUUGUUCGGGCUCGCUGUAGGACUGAAGAAGAAAAGAAGGGAUCAGUUGACAUCGUUUCUUGGAGCUGCAUGCUUUUCCAGGUGAAGGGCCGAGGUUCUGCUUCCUCUGGCCACAAAUCACACUCGACUGUUGUAAAUAACUUUGGAAACUGAUCAUUUCCUUUUACUUAUGUAUAUUCCUCUCUCUCUCUCUCUCUCUCUCUCUCUCUCUCUCUCUCUCUCUCUCUCUCUCUCUCUAAGCUCUCACUCAGUGUUUACAUGUUGAUGAUUUUCUUACUGUUGGAUACUUUUAUAUAAGCGUAAACUUUCAGUAUGAACUUUGGAAUACGACUUCUAUCUGCGUGUUGUCUUUUGCCACGCAUGUCAGGCACUUGUUGUCACAUUAAUCGCAUUGCAUGGCAUGGAGUAACAGCCAGCUCCACCUCGUGAUGCAUGAAGGCCAUGAUUGACCUCUUUCUGUUUUAGUUUCUCAUUCUUUCUUUCCCUCUUUCUCAAAUCAUCCUGGCACAAGCAUUGUGUGUGUGUGUGUGUGUGUGUGUGUGUGUGUGUGUGUGUGUGUGUGUAUGGAAAUUGUGUUCUGUUGUGUCAAAACUUUAGAAGCUGCUCUCAAAUAAGAUUUGAGACUAUGAGCCCAGUGGUCAAAAACACAGAUGCCAUUGUUUUUCUUCCAUUUCUGUCCUGUUCAUAUUUAUCAAAACAGUACAGGUGUUUUAUUGAUUUGUAAAUCAUAAGUGUUGUUUAAAAAAAAACAGUGUUAUCCUUUAUCUUCAUUAGAGAUGCCCGAAGAUGUGGAUAAAAAGCACAGAUCACCAAUUUCACCUGAAUACCGUACAUGCAGGAUUUAAGUGUUCGUACUACAGUAUUUCUGCAGAGGAACAUUUAAGACACUGGUAAGAUUUGUUUCUCCCAGACACCAAGUUAUUUUUAAAGCAUAAUUAAAAAUAUAUAUAUAUAUAGCACAUUAGGGCAUUUAAUUCUAUGUUUUAGCCAGUGAAAUCUUCCUUCUGUGCUGCACAGCCUUAAACAACACUGGAUCUAAACAGAGUUCAAUAAAAGAUAUACGAAAUCAAAGAUAUUUUAGUAACUAGUCACACCUUAGUCUAGGAAAACAAAUUUAAAAUAAUACUUCCAAUGUGUCUGUAGUGUAUGUGAGAUUAUCACAGACAAGAAUUUCUUUAACGUUCCAUGUAAUGGAAGCCACUGAUAAAGACAGAUGAUGAAUUCCGUCAGUAAACAUCUAAAAUAUGUGACUAUAUAAACUAUUAGUGUUACACUCCAGCUUGAAAUAAGAACAUUUCUUUUCUAACGUAGUUAUGUAGCCAGAAACUGAAACAUAAACAUACAGUAAAAGUACAUGCUUAAUUUACACCUUUGACUUUCUGAAAUUGUUACAAAAAUAUCUUUCAUAUAAACUUUAUAUCUAUUUAAUUUUUUGGACUGCCCCAGCAACUGACCUUACACUUCCAUAAGUGCGUUUUAACUUAAUAAGGUUUUCCAUUCUUUUCACAGUGUAGGAACAUACCACAGACCCAGUAGAUAAAGAUUAAUUUGAGAGAGAUUCUGGAGUAUUUUUAUUUUUUUUUAAUGAAUAAGACCAGUAUUUGAAAUGACUGGAUAAUAAUCUGAACUCCCCUCUUUAGUAAUGUAUUCAUCUUAUUAAUAUUAGUUGGCAGUUUUUAUAAGGUACACCCACCAUAUACUGUACGGUCAGCUCCAGAAAUACUGAACCUUUCACCUAAGUAAAUAUAUUCUAAGAAAAUGUUAAAAACCUUAGGAAAAUUAUACAUAUUUUUAAAAUAUUUUCUUGGCACCCCUAAAAAUUCCUAUAUACUAACUGUAACCAAAAAAAAAAAUUCUUUCUAUUUAUUUAUUUAUUUAUUUUAUUCAGCUGAGUGUUUAGGAACUCUCGAGCAGUCAUCCAUGACUUGACUUCCUGCUUCAUUGGGGUGUGAAUCUGUGGUGACAGAAUAUACAAAUGAAGUGAGACAAAAGUGUGCCUACCUUCAUAAAUCAGACAAUGGAUAUAAAAAAUAGCUACACACCUGAAAAUGCACAUAUCGACUGUUACGGCUGGUGUGCCAAAAGAAAGCCUUUUCUUCCAUCCAAACACAAAUGCAAGCAUCUAGAAUUUUCUGUAUACUGCUGGUUCUGGGAAACCAAAAGAAAUAUUUUUGACAACAUGGAUGGUGUGUUUGGCACAGACGGAUUUUUCAAUAGAAAAUAUAGCAACUAAACCCCACUGUAAGUAUGGUGGAGGAUCUAUGAUGAUGUCGGACUGUUAUUACUCCAAAGGCCGUGGCAACCAUGUUAGGAUACAUGGCAUCAUCACUUCCUGAAGCAUCAGGAGAUUUAAAAAAUGAAAAUCUGCUUGCAUUUGGCAAUAUGCUACAACUGGGUUGUAUGGAUGGAUCUUCCAACGAGACAACAAUCCAAAAAAAUUCACCCAAAUCCACACAAAACCGUUCAGCGAUGCUUUACACAUGGCCAUCCCAGCCUGACCUAAACUCCUCUGAAAAUCUGUGGGGUGAGCUGAAGACAUUGUACAGCAUGCUAAAUGUAGGGAUGCCCAAUAUUUCACCCAUCCCACAUUUGACUAAGGAUGUCAAUAAUUCUUGAGCCGACUGUAGAAAAUUGUUGUAGGUAUACAAUUACUGACUGUAGCCCUAUCUGUCAUCCCUUCUCUACCCUGUCUAUCAAUGGAAAGGGAGCACUACUGACCAGAUAUUGGACAGAUAGACCUGUUAGUAAUUGUACACCUAUAAAGUGCAUCAAUAUGGUAGAUGUACCUAAUAAAACGUUCAAUGAGUGUAGAUACAAGUUUGGUGUAUCUAAUUAACUGGAAACUGUGUAUUUCUAAACUAUAUUAAUCAAGUCUGUGAAUCCGUGUAUUAUCUCCCUACGUCAGGCUCUGACUGGAUUUCUGCUUUACAUGAGCCUUGAUUUCAAUUAAAAAAAAAUCGAAUUUUUCAGUUCUUUCAGUUCAAACAAGUGUAGUUUUGAAGGGUUAUUAUGUUUCAAGUAGCAUUAAGGCAUUAUAAUGAAUUGCCUUUAAGCAUUGAAUGAUAAUUAGUGACCAAUAUUUGUCUUUUUUUUAAGUCAUGUCUCAGGCUCAGGUUUUUUGUUUUAUUUUUGUUUUGUUUUGUUUUUUUUUUACAGAAAAAAAAGAAGAAAGCCAGACAGAGUUCAGGCCCCUUAGCUAGUCAUGAAAUAAUGUGAACGACACAAUAUGUAGCAAAUGGAAUUUCAAGACAAAAAUGAACGCCUCACCAAAUUUAGCUGGGUUUUUUUCCCCUGUUCUGUAGUCACAGACUAGCAUAGCUAGUGUAGCUGAGUGUUUUGGGUGACAGCCGCAUGUCCUCUGGUUCUAUCAUGUAGCUCGCUGAGUAGGAGCUUGGAUCGCGAGUUACUUUCUCACUUAAUUAGUAUUAUGUAGUAUUGUGUUAGUAAUAAGAAUUUAAUGGCGGAUCUGCCAUUAAUUGCAAUCAGGAAUUUAUACGGUGAAGAACUGAUUUACAGUCUUACACAGAGCUUUUUUUAAAAGCUUCAUAAAUACAAAUCUUAUAUAAACUACAGGCCAUUAGAGUUCAGAGGAGUGUUGUAUGUAUGUAUGUAUAUGUGUGUAUGUGUGUGUAUGUGUGUGUGUGCGUGCAUGUUGCAAACACUAACACUAGGAGUACCAGCUGAGAUUUUUCUGUGCUCCUCAGUCCAACUAUGGUUCGCAACGCCGCAGCUUCGCCAAGCUCAACCACAUUACUGUGUGUGUGUGUGUGUGUGGUGCAUGAGUGGUGGUGGUGACGGAUUAAUCUGACAGGAUUCAUCAGAGGUGUGAUUUCAUUCACAUGAACUCUUGUUUACUGAAAAUAUCCAAAUAUAUUGUAUGCUUGUCAUAUCUUAUUAUAUAAUGUGCACUAUGUUUGCAUGUACAGUUUUAAAUGAGAUGAACUAGUUUUUUUUUUGUUAUUAAUAGAGUGUUUUUUGGGGAAAACUGUUUUAAAAUUGUCAUAAUAUCUGUACAAAAUGGCCUUAAUCUCUCACUGAAUUCUUGGAAUCGUGCAAUGCCUUCAGAUAUGAAUUGUUCUAUAUUUUGUGUCGGUGUAGAAUUGCUUUCUAGUGUAUAUUCUCUUUGCACAGAUUCAUGUAUGGGGAAAAAAAAACAUAUUGUACUUUUUGCUAAUCAGUUAUUAAUCAGAGAAAGCAUGAUUGCAGUACUGAAUGUCUGGUAAAUCCAUAUGAUUAAAUAACUAUUUCUGUAUCAAAGUAUCGAUUUUGGAAUAAACAUUCUUACUAAACACA